GUUCUUUCACGUUCGUUGUGUUGCGUCCGGGCUAGGUAGUUUCUUUUCCGGUUUGUCAAAAUGGGUAUCGAUAUUAACCACAAACACGAUAGAAAGGUCCGACGUACGGAGCCGAAAUCACAAGAUGUUUACUUACGACUUCUUGUAAAACUCUAUCGGUUCUUGGCACGUAGAACGAAUGCAAAAUUCAACCAAAUUAUCUUGAAACGUCUGUUUAUGAGCAAGAUUCAUCGCCCUCCAAUUUCUUUAGCCCGUAUUGUCAGAUUUAUGAAGAAGACCGGGCGUGAAAACUGCAUCGCGGUAAUCGUUGGAACCGUUACAGAUGAUGCUAGAAUUUUUGAAGUUCCAAAAUUAACGGUUUGUGCACUACGUAUUACUGAAAAGGCUAGAGGCCGCAUUUUGAAAGCUGGUGGUGAAAUCAUUACUUUUGAUCAACUGGCUCUUCGUUCCCCCACUGGGAAGAAGACAGUUUUAAUGCAAGGUCGACGCAAUGCACGUGAAGCUGUGAAACACUUUGGACCAGCACCAGGUGUUCCACAUUCGCAUACUAAACCAUUAGUACUUUCAAAAGGACGGAAGUUCGAGAGAGCUAGAGGCCGUAGGCGUAGCUGUGGUUAUAAGAAGUAAAUUCUUGAUCUAUUCGGACUUCCUCAGCGAUUUGCAUUCGUGUCUUUUCUUCUGGGCUACAUUCCUUUACAGAUAUAGAGAAUCUAUAAUUUGAAAAUAAAUGAAUACAGAUAGAUAAUUAAUCUAGAACUGUAAAAAUUAAUAUAGAAAAUAACGCAAACUUACUCCGAUUCCUCUUUAUUUUGAAUUCGUUGAAAUUCGGUUGUUAAUAGUUUCACCAGUUGUGGACAAUGCGCGCCAAACAUUAAAUUAAUCAUCAUACCGUCCUGAAAAUAUAACAAUAAAUAUUUAUUAUUUUAUUUUCUUCAAUGAAACUAAGUAGAUGCAUUUAUUUACACGAAUAAACAUCCAAAUAGGUUCGCUUUUUUCUUUAAAACGCUGAAGAUCCGUUAUGUCAUCGCACCUUGCCUAAAAUAUUGUUUAUUAUUUUAUUAGUCGUUGUUAGAAAUUUAGUCGAUAAUAGAUAAUAGUUGGUGAAAUUACCGUAGCAUAAUUUAAAGCGUCACCACCAAUCUCCAUUUUGAGUUUUUUUAAAGUGCUUACCAUACCUGUACAUGGUCCGCUCCAUGCAGCAUAGAUAUCAACUACUGUAAAAUAAAAAAUUUAAUUAAAUAAUAACGAUGAUAAGGA